CAGUCAUAUAUACGCAUAGUAAUUGUAAUUUAUUGAAAAAAGUUUUUUUCUUUUAAUCAAAAUGUUUCUAAAACAAUCAGGAAAAACAUCUAUCUCUGCAGGAAUUUUGUCUCUUCCCUACUGUUUGCUUAUAAUUUUUCUCAUAAAUGAAGCAAAUUCAUUUAUAGUUUGUCAUGGAGGUGUUAAUUUAGAAGUUGGAGAAAAAAAGAUAUUGUUUAAUGAGGGUUACAAUGAAUUAGACACGGAAAGUACUAGAUGUACUUGGGAUUUUAAUUCUCCUGAAAAGUCUCAUUUUGAACUAAAUUGCACAGUGAAUUUACCAUCAGAAACUUGUACCAGUCACAGUCUUGAUGUGUACACAAAUUUUAUACAAGGAGUAGCAAGUUUGCCUGAUAUGUAUUGUGGUUUUAAAACAUUUACCACAAAGUCAAGUGGAAAUAGCUUGAGAAUCGUUCAUCGACGUGAGCUCCAAAAUUUAAGUGGAAAUUUUACAUGCAACAUUGAAGCAGUUUGAGCAUGAAUUUUUAUAUUAUUAAAGAAAGUAAUACAGUU